GAGAAUUAGCCCUUGUCCCACCGCUUUAUCCCCCUAGACAAACACCCUCCUAGAGUAUUAGAGCCUUGGAGAGUUGGAGACGCAUUAGUUAUUGAACUUGGCGUGAUUCCACUUCGGUAAAAUCUUUCCCUGUUUCCCCUCUUUCGUCAAUUACAGGUAAUUUGUGAAGAAGCAUAUUCUUUCAAAAAAAAAAAAAAUAAAAAAAAAAAAUGGAGGGCGGCGAAGAGUUGAGCAUCGAAGAACUUACUUCGAACAUCUCUACCUACAAAGAGCAACUGCAGCAAGUUAAAUUGCUUUUGGAAGAUGAUCCAGGGAACUCUGAAUAUAAGGACAUGGAAAAGGAACUUGAAGAGGUGAUUGCUCUGACCGAAGAGCUACUGGAAACUACAAAGCAAAAUGAGAAUUUUGUUUCUGCUAUCAGCACAAAUGCAAGUAAAUCUGAUACAGUACAGGAAUCAAAUAGAAUAUCUCAGUAUGAAAUGGAUUCCAUAAACAUGUUAGAUAGAGAGGACAGGUUCCCUGUUGGGACAAAAAUUCAAGCAGUUUGGAGUGAAGAUGGAGAAUGGUAUAAUGCAACUGUUGAGGCUUGCACUCUGAAUGGUUAUUUUGUUCGCUUUGAUGAAUGGGGAAAUAAGGAAGAGGUUGAUCCUGCAAAUGUCCGAUUACUUCAAGGUCACGAUGAUGCAGGUGUUGAUGCUUUAUUAAAGGCAGAGAAGGAAGCAGAAGCUACUAAACAGGCCUUGAAACGAAAAAUUGCACAAGCAGCUGCUGGUGACUUCCAGUCAAGAAGUUUACCGGCAAAACUUCGUAUAAAUCCUGAUGACCCUGAAGACGUGAAAGCAGCAAAACGUAAGAAGAUACACUCAUUUAAGUCAAAAGCUCGAUUUGAGCAACUUGAGGUGACUCAGAACAAACGUCAAAAUGCUUGGCAGCAAUUUCAAAGUACAAAAGGCCGUGCGAAGAAGGUUGGUUUCUUCUCAGGGCGCAAAAAAGAAAGCAUUUUCAAGUCCCCUGAAGAUCCACAAGGUAAGGUUGGAGUGACUGGAAGUGGAAAAGGCUUGACAGAUUUUCAGAAACGGGAGAAGCACCUGCACCUCAAGGGAGCUAACAUAGACAACGAAAAUGGUGAAGCUGAUGAUUAAGCCUUUCAUGGCUUUGUAUUAAGCAACUUGUAUUUAUUAACCAGAGUAUGAGUUAGGAUUAGGCUCUUGAUUAAAAUACUUUCAUUGUGUUAUUUGCUCUUAUAGGUAAAAGUUCCAAACUUUCAAUUUUAUGUUACGUUGAAAUGUAGCUAUUACUGAGUAUGACUUUUGGAAUUUGUUUUCGCUUGUGUUGAAUUUGGUAUAAACUCCAAUCUUUCUGUGUAACAACUCCUGCUCACUAAUAAUCAUAUUGAAGAUGCAUGAAUGCUUGAUGUUAUACGCAGUUUCUGCAUAUUAUUCUUGA